AUGUCGCUACCUUUCCCCAACAUCUAUCAUCUGCGAACCGUAGCCGAGGCUUCCUCAAAGGCCUGUUAUGUCUGCCUCAAACCAUCUGUCAAAGUGCUUAUAACACCAGACAGUAAGGACUUCUUCUACGUCUGCCCCUCUCAUUUGACUGAUAGAGGAUUCGCCUCCCCUAUAGUCGAUGCCGAGGCCGAGGCUGCGAAGAAAAAGAAAGAAGUCUUAGAUAAGGAAAUUGAGAAGGUCAAGCAGGAAUACGAGGAGAAGCAGCGAAAGAAAGGCAAGAAGAAGUCUAAGGACGAUGACAAAGACAAGAAGAAGGACGACCAAGACGACGACGAGGCUGAAAAAGAGCGUGAUGACAAGAUCAAAGCGCUCCAAUCCGGUGCCAAUGCUGGUGAGAAGACGGCGGAUAUUCAACGAGUGUAUGCGUUGCACAAAAAUUUCUAUCAGAUGCGAACUGACAGAAUCCGGAACAUGGAAGCAGCAAAGAGAAGCCAACAGCGAAUAAAAGACCCAUCGUUCUUUCCUGCCACGCCCAAGGGAGACAUUGCCUGA